AUGAGCUGCGCCGCCGCGCUCCUGGGACUGAGGGGCGCCGCUGCCCCCCGGCUUCUUCGAGCAACAAGCAGCCGCCGCCGCUGGAGCAACCUGGGCGGCGGCUCCUGCGAGCCCCAGGCGGGCACGGCCGUGCGGGUGGGCUGCGCUGCGGGCUUCUGGGGAGACACGGCGGCUUCAGUUCCUCAGCUUCUCUAUGGAGGAAAACUGGAUUUUCUGGUUUUUGAUUAUCUUUCUGAAAUUACAAUGUCUCUGUUGACAGCUGCAAAAGCCAAAUCACCGGAUUUGGGUUACACUCCUGAUUUUGUGUUUACUGCAAUGGGUCCCUAUAUUAAGGACAUUCACAGGAAAGGUGUUCGUGUCAUUAGUAAUGCUGGUGGAAUGAGUCCACUUGUGUGUGCUGCUGGUCUUCAAGAAGUGGCAAAGAGAGCUGACGUUGAUUUGAAAAUAGCUGUUGUUGCUGGAGAUGAUCUGAUGGGCGAGAAAGACAGCCUAAAAGGAGAUGGUAUCACAGAUACGGAGAAUGGGAAGCCAUUUCCAGAGAAUAUUCACAGCAUGAACGCAUAUCUUGGAGCAAGACCAAUAAGCAGGGCUCUUGACCUUGGAGCUGAUAUUGUUGUGACUGGUAGAUGUGUUGACAGUGGCAUUGUAUUAGGACCACUCAUUCAUUCUUUUGGCUGGAACAGGGAUGAGUUUGACUUACUAGCAGCUGGAAGUCUUGCGGGCCAUCUCAUUGAAUGUGGUGCUCAGUGUACAGGUGGAAUAUUCACAGACUGGCAUACUAUUCCAGACUGGCAUAACAUGGGGUUUCCCAUAGUAGAAUGUUCUUCUGAUGGAUGCUUUACUCUAUCCAAACCACCUGACACAGGAGGCCUAAUCUCUUUUGGCACGGUGGCUGAACAGUUGGUGUAUGAAAUUGGCAAUCCUGAGUGUUAUCUCUUACCAGAUGUCACAUGUGACUUUUCUCAAGUUUCCAUUACUGAAAUUCCAGGUAUUGAAGGUGGGGCAGUGAAAAUUCAUGGAGCAAAAGGAUCAUCUCCUUCAACGUUUUAUAAGGUAAAUGCCACUUACCUGGAUGGUUUUAGAGCUACAGCUGUCUGCCCAGUGAUAGGGCCAAAGGCAGUGGAAAAGGGAAGACAAACUGCGGAAAGCAUUCUGAAAAGGACUCGCCUUAUUUUCAGUCAGCUUGGGUAUGAAGAUUACUCUGCAGUUAACAUACAGAUUUUAGGUUCUGAAGAUACAUAUGGACCCCAUGCUAAAAAGAAAAUAGAUGAUGGUCCACGGGAAGCUGUUAUCUGGCUUGCUGUACACCAUAAGCAGAAAAAGGCUGUGGAAAUCUUCUCCAGAGAGAUUGCCCAGCUGGAACUGGAAUGGCACCUGGUCUUACUGCAGUUGUUGGAGGACGUCCAAGAGUGUCUCCAGUUCUGAAACCAUUUUUCUUCCUUUAUCCCAAAAGAAAUGUCAAGAUCAACAUCUUUUUGAAUGGACAACAUGUUGAAACAUUUCAGGAAGAUCUUACAUUUACGUCAGAUGUAGUUGUUUCACUUG